AGGCGCACGUCCGUCGACAAAGAGGGAGCCACCUGACCUGAUCCACAGGCGCGCCGCGGCCAAGCCGCCCGGAUGUGUGGUUCUCCCGGCGCCCCUCGAUUCCCUCGUCCCCACUGCUGCUCUCCCCGUCGACGACAACGCCAGCGCCACCACUCUCAAGAGUCUUAAACCCUCACUCCUCUCCUUCCACCACCUCUCCACACACACCAUCUCUGUCAGACAUGGCGCCUUCCGCGACCUGCCCUCUCCACUCCAUGGCAUCCGUCUCCCGCGCUCUCCGCCCGCGCCCGCGUCUCGCCGCUCCUCGUCUCGGAUGCGGACUGAGAGUUGGAUGCUCUGUGCCAGCAUAUGGAAGUGCUGCCACGGAGAAGGCCGAGUGGGGAUUGGCCAUUGCGCCCUCACCAGCGACCACUCUUGUUCCGGUUGUCAGUUGCUUUUGUCGAGUGUUGACUGGUCACUAUAUAUACGCUAAUGUGAGGAGCCGUCAAAUUUUCUGCAAGGCAGAAGCUAACAUUUCUAGUAACCUGCCAGCGAGCAAGCCUACUGGAGCAAGCCAGUACGAGAAAAUAGUUGAGCUACUCACUACUCUUUUCCCUGUCUGGGUCAUAUUAGGUACAGUUAUUGGCAUCUACAAGCCAUCAAUGGUCACCUGGUUGGAGACUGAUCUUUUUACCGUGGGCCUAGGAUUCCUAAUGUUGUCAAUGGGACUAACAUUAACAUUUGAAGAUUUCAGGAGAUGUUUAAGGAAUCCAUGGACAGUUGGUGUGGGAUUUCUUGCGCAGUAUUUGAUCAAACCUAUGCUAGGAUAUGCUAUCGCAUUGUCAUUGAAGUUAUCUGCUCCUCUUGCAACUGGUCUUAUUUUGGUCUCAUGUUGUCCUGGUGGUCAAGCAUCAAACGUUGCAACUUACAUAUCCAAAGGAAAUGUGGCACUUUCAGUUCUUAUGACCACUUGCUCGACUAUUGGUGCUAUAGCGAUGACACCACUCCUUACUAAACUCCUUGCUGGUCAAUUAGUCCCUGUUGAUGCUGCAGGCUUGGCCAUCAGUACUUUUCAGGUUGUUUUAGUACCGACUAUCGUUGGAGUGUUGGCACAUGAGUAUUUUCCCAAGUUUACCGAGCGGAUUAUCUCCAUAACACCACUGAUAGGGGUCAUCCUCACCACCUUGCUUUGUGCUAGCCCUAUUGGGCAAGUCGCAGAAGUGUUGAAAACUCAAGGUGCUCAACUUAUUCUCCCUGUUGCUCUGCUGCAUGCUGUUGCAUUCGCUCUUGGCUAUUGGAUCUCGAAAUGGUCUUCUUUCGGGGAAUCAACUUCUAGAACCAUCUCAAUUGAGUGUGGGAUGCAGAGUUCUGCGCUUGGAUUUUUACUUGCCCAAAAGCACUUCACAAACCCUCUUGUUGCUGUUCCUUCUGCUGUCAGUGUUGUGUGCAUGGCGCUCGGAGGCAGUGCUCUUGCAGUAUUCUGGAGAAACAGAGGCCUUCCAGCAGAUGACAAGGACGAUUUCAAGGAAUGAAUGAAGCAAAAACAAUCCUAGGCUCCAGCUUCUAGUCGUUCCAUGUUUUAGUUGAGCGUGGUUACGUCAGAGAAUUUUUUAUAUUCCCAUAUUUUAGGUAUGUAAAACACAAAACAGGAUAAGGACGUUUGUUUAUUCUAGAUAAUUGAUUAUUGGUAGGAAGGACCCUUGUUAAUGAUUUAGGCAAGGCUUUGCAAUUAAGUUUGGUGUGUAAUGUAUUUUUCAUCUUCUAAAUAAAUAAGCUGCUUCUCAGACAAAGCAGUAAUUCGUUUA